AUGAAGCUUCCCUGCUCCUUCUACUGCUCCCUCUGGUUCCUCCUGCUCUUGGGAGCCGGGUCUUUACUCCUCCUCGUACACCUCCAGGACCUCUCAGACAUGCUCCAACAGCAGACCCCAGUACCAUCGGAGCAAUCCUUUGACAGUGCAGUCGUUAUAGGCAUCAACCUGGGUGGAGGUUUCCAUGGAGCACCAGGGGUAGAGAUGUCCUCUUACCCCAGCCUCCCUACUCCUAGCCCCAGACAACCUCCAGCCUUCCAGUGGCUGCCCCACCUAGCCACCCCAACCUCUGGGGACCAGCAGGCCGAGAGCACCAGGCGACCCCUCACCAAACGCCACAGGAAGCUGCUGUUAAAGAGCGGGUCUGUAACCCUUGGUGGUGCCCGCUCUGGUGAAGAGGACAGUCGGCUACAGGGCCUGGCGCAAACCCAGGCGUCCCGCCGCCGCCUGCUCAGGGAGGUCUGCGCCAAAUACCAGCCGGGUGUCACCGAGCGCCCCGUGUCCCGCCGGCAGGUGUCCCGCGUCUACGUGGAGGACAGGUCAGGCCUGCUGUACUGUGAGGUGCCCAAAGCCGGCUGCUCCAACUGGAAGCGGGUGCUGAUGGUCCUGGGCGGCAGCGCCACCUCCACGCACAUCAUCGCCCACGACGACGCCCACUACGCCAACCAGCUCCGCCGACUGGACGCCUUCGACCAGGCGGGCGUGGCCAAGCAUCUCCGCUCCUACACCAAGGUCCUCUUCGUACGGGAGCCCUUCGAGAGGCUUGUGUCGGCCUUCCGUGACAAGUUUGAGAGCCCCAACUCGUACUACCACCCGGUGUUCGGCCGGCCCAUCAUCUCCCGGUACCGGGCCAACGCCUCACGCUCCGCCCUGAGGACCGGCGCCGGGGUCACCUUCAGAGAGUUUGUCCAGUACCUGUUGGAUGUGAGGCGGCCCGUGGGCAUGGACAUCCACUGGGAGCCGGUCAGCCAGCUUUGCAGCCCCUGCCUGCUGCGCUACGACUUCAUCGGGAAGUUCGAGAACCUGAAGGAGGAGGCCAACUUCCUGCUACGGAGCAUCGGGGCACCUAGAAACCUAACUUUCCCUGACUUUAAAGACAGGAACCCAAAGGCAGAAAGGACUUCCUCCUCCAUCACCCAGAGAUACUUUGAACAAUUGAACUCCACAGAAAGACAGAGGGCCUAUGACUUUUAUUACAUGGAUUAUCUGAUGUUUAACUACCCCAAGCCCUUUAAAGACCUGUACUGA